UGCAGUGGAUUCGACUCAACAACCGACAUUUUUCGGAGUUUCAGCUUAAUAUUCAAACUUCCAGGCCAAAUUCUCGAGAAUUCACCUGCCGAGAAAUGCGGACGUUUGAAAGUUGGCGAUCGAGUGGUAGCAGUGAAUGGAAUUGAUAUCCUGAAUUUGACGCAUGGGGAGAUAGUCAAUCUCAUCAAGGCGUCUGGCCUGACCGUACGGCUGACCAUCGCUGCUUCGAUGCCGGAUGGUAGUCCACUGGCGUCAAGUACAUUGAACCGCUCAGUCAUUCCCAACGCAUACGUACCAUCUCCUCCGUCAACCUUCGUUCCUCCUCCGCCCGUGUUCCAGAACGGCAGUUUCUACGCCACACUUGGACGGAACUCGAACUAUUCGUCGUUUCCGCCGCCAGCGAUGACGGCAUCGACGCCGUUCUCAUACACGAAUGGCUCCGCGAUAAAGACUUCAUCGAACUACUCGUCCUAUCCCGAAAAUACACGUCCUAUCUACACAAUGUCACAUCUGAACGGGCAACUGAACGGAAUGAGCCUAAACAAUCCAGUUCCGCCAGAG